AAAAACCAAAACAAUCAGGAGCGAGUAGCGAGCUGAAUGUAGAUAAAUGGAGCGGAGUAAAAGUAGCGUUUCUUCUUUAUAAAUAUACUCAAGUAAAAGUAUGUUGCUUAAAAACUACUUUUAGAAGUACAAUUUAUCCCAAAAGUUACUCAAGUAGAUGUAACGGAGUAAAUGUAGCGCGUUACUACCCACCUCUGCUCAGGAGAUCCCUUUCAGUGUGAGGAUGAAGACAAACAGAAGAUGGCGUUGUUCUGCAGCUUUUGUCAGGAAGAUAAUGCAUCAUUGCCUUGCCAGAAGCAGAUAUAUUGUGGCACAACGCACAGGUUUAAGCGAUGGAUCCGGCGUCUUGCCAAAUGAGUCUCUGGUCGCAGCUGUGGGAAAUAGAGUCCGAUUCGAUACCAUACUGCCUCCCUCAGUAGCACCACCAUGGACGUCCGUGGCCUGGACCUUCACUGGUUCCGGGGUGGAUAAGCCCAUAAUAACAUCCACUGCCAUAAACAAAACUGGACCUGGGUAUGAAGGCCGGAUCAUCCUCUUCAUAGAGACGGGGUCUCUUGAGCUCAGGAACCUGGCUCUGGAUGAUAGUGGAGACUACAAAGUUAGCAUCAUAACAGGUGGCGGGGACCAAAUCACAGGAUCCACCAGACUGAAGACACUUGUUCCAGUCUCUAAUGUAAUGUUAAAGGUCAGCAACACCGACCUGGUGGAAUUUAACAGCACGGUCCGCCUGUCCUGCUCUUCGUUGGGAUCGUCCAUCUCUUUCUUCUGGCUGAACGGCAGCUCCGAGGUCAUGCCUAGCGACAGAGUUCAUUUCACUGACCAAAACGCCACUCUCACCAUUGCUGGCGUAACCCGUUAUGAGCAGGCGGCGUUCGCGUGUCGGGCGUCCAAUGCCGUCAGCGAAGACACCAGUGGUCCACAGAAUCUUUUUGUCAGCUUUGGUCCGGAUGAUGUAGAACUUAAAGGACCUUCACCGGAACAAUACUUUGCCGAAGGAUCAAACAUCGUCCUUUCCUGCUCUGCUGACUCCAGACCACCUGCCGGCUUUUCCUGGGCUCUCAAUGGAGUGCAGCUGUCGCACAUCAAACCAAACCUACCAUUGAUGAGCAUUCAGGAGAAGCAGAGUGGGAAUUACAGCUGUUUGGCCUCGAACAGCAAAACAUUAAGACACAAAUCAUCGCAGCCCCUGUCUAUAAAUGUUUUAAAGAACAUCUCGGGCGGAUCAAUCGUGGUGACGACAAGUCAGCCGAUAGAGGGGAUGGCGGUGAAUCUUACCUGUGAUGCCGCUGGCUCGGUCUUCACCAGAGAGUGGAGGAAGAGCGGCUCAGCCCUGGUUCCGGACGACCACAUGGCGCUGCACGAAAAAGGCAGAGUCUUGUCCUUCCAGGCUGUGAGGAGAACCGACAGUGGCCCGUAUUCCUGCAGAAUAAGCAACCCCAUCAGCAUGGAUGACGUCAAUUACGACAUGCUCGUUAACUAUGGGCCAGAGUCCGUCAAAAUAUCGGGACCGACCGAGAUAUACGUGAAGCAGACUUUGACGUUAACCUGCUCGGCUACGUCGGUUCCAUCUGCCAGCUUCACCUGGACUGCUCAGAAUCAAUCAGAGAUACACAAUGGCUCCACAUUGGUCAAAAACAACAUUGACUUUUCUGACAGUAAAAGCUAUUUUUGCAUUGCAUCAAAUAUCAUAACUGGAAAAAAUACAUCUGCUGAACAUAUGCUGGCUGUAACAGAGGAGAGUGCAUCUCCGUGCGGGGCUGGUUGUAUAGCCGGAAUCGUACUCGCAUGUUUGGUCAUCUGUGGAGCGGCUGCUGGUGGAGGAUACUACGUCUACAAUAAACAGAAACAGUCAAAGAAUCGUACCGGCAGAAACACCUCCACCAGAACAGUCGGUGAAGGCCAAGACAGUACAGCAGACACAAAGGAGGAGUUGAACUAUGUGGACCUUCGUAUUUUACGGACAAAGGAGGGCGACAGGACGGCCCAGCUUGCACAGCAGAAAAACUCCUCAGAAUACGCAGAGAUCCGAGUGAACAACAAGCCUCCCUCGGCGUCCUCCCCUCCUAACUACGACGUCCACAUGCAGAGGACGAAGAGGCGAGCUCCUCAGCCGUUUGAUACGAAUGAAAUCCAAAUCUAACAUCUGGUUCAAUCAUGCUGAAACUGGUCUACAAUGAACAUGUUGUCAUGGAGACGCAGUCCCCUUAAUGGUGCGCUAAAGGCUUGUGUUUGCAUAGUCAGUUAAUCAUUUGUCUCCUGACUGACAAACCCCGUUUCCAUAUGAGUUGGGAAAUUGUGUUAGAUGUAAAUAUAAACAGAAUACAAUGAUUUGCAAAACCUUUUCCACCCAUAUUCAGUUGAAUGCACUACAAAGACAAAAUAUUUGAUGUUCAAACUCAUAAAAUGGCCGUGCCUGCAACUUGAGGGUUGCAGGUUCGAUUCCCGCUUCCGCCACCCUAGUCACUGCCGUUGUGUCCUUGGGCAAGACACUUUACCCACCUGCUCCCAGUGCCACCCACACUGGUUUAAAUGUAACUUAGAUAUUGGGUUUCACUAUGUAAAGCGCUUUGAGUCACUAGAGAAAAGCGCUAUAUAAAUAUAAUUCACAAUUCACAAUAUAAUCUGACUAAAACACUAGUAACACAAUAAGCAGAUAAGGGAUUUUCCAGAAUCAUCCUAGUAAAUGUGUCUAAUAACAUCUGAAUCGCUCCCACUGCCCUCGUCUUUUUUUCUAGUCCUUCACUCUUACUUUCCUCAUCCACGAAUCUUUCAUCCUCGCUCAAAUUAAUGGGGAAAUUGUCGCUUUUGUCAGUCCGAUUCGCUCUCGCUGCUGGUGGCCAUGAUUGUAAACAAUGUUCAGAUGUGAGGAGCUCCACAACCCGUGACGUCACGCGCACAUCGUCUGCUACUUCCGGUACAGGCAAGGCUUUUUUAUUAGCGACUAAAAGUUGCGAACUUUAUCGUCGAUGUUCUCUACUAAAUCCUUUCAGCAAAAAUAUGGCAAUAUCGCGAAAUGAUCAAGUAUGACACAUAGAAUGGACCUGCUAUGCGGUAUAGCUCGGUUGGUAGAGUGGCCGUGCCAGCAACUUGAGGGUUCCAGGUUCGAUUCCCGCUUCCGCCAUCCUAGUCACUGCUGUUGUGUCCUUGGGCAAGACACUUUACCCACCUGCUCCCAGUGGCACCCACACUGGUUUAAAUGUAACUUAGAUAUUGGGUUUCACUAUGUAAAGCGCUUUGAGUCACUAGAGAAAAGCGCUAUAUAAAUAUAAUUCACAAUUCACAAUAUAAUCUGACUAAAACACUAGUAACACAAUAAGCAGAUAAGGGAUUUUCCAGAAUCAUCCUAGUAAAUGUGUCUAAUAACAUCUGAA